GCCCCACAUUUUUCUUUUUUCCCUUUUUACCCUUCCUCUUUUCCGGAAAUUCCAUCUCCUCCCGUAUAUGCCUUCCCUCGUUCCAGAGAUUCGAACGCGGGUCCCGAAUUUUCAGCUAUUUGCUGGAAGGACCCUGGAUUAUCUUUUUUCUUGUUUGCUUGAAAUCCCCUAUAAUCCCAUUUGGAAUCUUGCUUCUGUAGAUCUAGGGUUUUCUCUGAUUGCAGGAUCUUUAGAUUUGUAGGGUUUAUAAGAAAUGGGAUUUGGAGAUUACAGAAGGGAGAAUCUACGCUGCCAGGUUGAAUGGCGAAAUCUGAAUUUUCUCAUUACUGAAGAGAAUCUCUAAUUUUCAUGAUUUAGAAGGCGGGGAAAGGUCAACAAGGAGAGUAGUUUUGUUAUGGACAAUACAGAUCCAAGAGAAAGAGAUCUCUGUAUCGAUCUCGAAAGUGGUGCGACCACAAGUGAAGAAGAAGGUCCGAGAGAUGGAGUUGCCAGCUCCAGAAGGAAGAAUUUGUUAGAUAGGGUCUGGAGUGGAUUCGUGAGCUUUGACGGAUCAGUGAAAACUAAAGAAGGCAUAAGUCCACAUGAGAAUUUGUCGAAUCCUGACGAGGUUUGUGUCGAGAAUGUAGGCUUGUUGAUAGAGAGGUUUGGAGGAGAAGAGAGAGUGAGUUUUGUGGAGACUUCAAGGAUAGAAAAACCAAAGAAGAAGAGCUGUAAAAAGCCUCCUAAGCCGCCCCGUCCCCCGACAGCGGUGUUGUUACAUGCCGCUGACCAGAAGUUGGCCAGGGAGAUUACUGAGCUUACCAUGUUAAAGAAGGCGAGGGUUGAACGGAUGAAAGCACUGAAGAAGAUGAAAGAUGGGAAGACAACAUCAUCCAGUAGUAGUCUGUGCGCCUUGGCCAUUACCAUUAUCUUCUGCCUUAUUAUAAUCUUGCAAGGAGCAUUUUCCAGAAGCAGCUCAAAUGUUCAAUUUCAAGGGUCACCUGAGGCUGCAUUAGCGACAGGGAGAGGAUUGAUUUCGGUUCAGUAUAAUAGGAAAGUUCCUGCAAGAGGAGGUACCAUUGGUCCUGGAUCUGGAUCUCCCAGCAUUAUAGAGCCAGUCCCUGGGUCAGGCACUCAGGAAGAAAGGAGUAGAUUUUCAGGCUGACUAUAACUUCUCCAUAACGAAGAAUUCCAAGAGUAAAUAUCUGAGACGGUGUCUUCGGGUAAUAUGUGCUUGAACUUUUCUCGUUGUACACUUGUGUCUGUAACAGCUCAUUCAGACAGUUUCAGUUGUAUAUAUGAAGAUGUUGUAUGCCCAUGAAGCUGGAAAACGGCGAGGAAGGUGCCCCCAUUUACAACAGCACAAGCAAUCCGUUACUGCUUGCUGAAAAUUAAGGUUAUUUUAGUUAUUAGGGAUUUCUCUGGCAUUUCAGCAGUUCCUUGCAAUAUAUAGGCUUAUUGCUAUGCA